CUCCUCCAAAAACCCUAAGCCCUCGGAUAGGUAUUAAGUUCAAUAAUUAUGCUGGCUAGUAACUCUCACGCUCCAAAUUCGAAGCGGGGCGAUGCCGAUGGGUUCAUUUUUCCCCGUUCUACGCCGGCGGUGCCUUUUGGUGGCUCCCGCAAGUCAGUCUUGCCGUGUGAUCUCGUUUUCCACAAUCGAUACUUCUAGAUGCUUCUCUUCCCCUGCAGCACCGACGAGCGAACGCGUCGGCUUAGAAAUCGCGGAUGAGGACCCGUCUUUCACGCCUGCGGGAGCGCCUGACGACUUACGGAGCCGGAUCUUUCGACUUCGGUUCCCAAAGAGGAGCGCAACGGUGGUGAUCGAUAAGUGGAUCGCUGAGGGUAGGAAGGCGACGGCGCCGGAGUUACGCAAGAUCGCGAGGGACCUCAGGAGGUUGCAGCGGUUUAAGCACGCGCUUGAGAUCUUCAUGUGGAUGGAAUCUCGGAGCGGUUUUCAGGCAUCGACAGCCGAUCAAGCUGCGAAAGUAGAUCUAAUAAUCAAAGUUGAUGGCAUAGCUAAUGCAGAACUACAUUUUGAGCAAAUAUCCCACCGUGCUUCACAGAAGGCUGCAAGUCUACCUCUUCUCCAUUUGUAUGUGAAGCAAAGAGAAUUGGGGAAAGCAGAAGCCCUUUUGGCAAAGAUAAACAACAUGGGUUUCAUUGUGAAUCCUCAUCCCUUCAAUGAGAUUAUGAAACUUUAUGCAGCAACAGGUCAGUUCAAGAAGGUAAUUUAUGUUGUCCAACACAUGAAGCGAAAUAAGGUUCCUCUUAAUGUACUCUCUUAUAACCUCUGGAUGAAUGCCUGUGGUGAAGUAUCUGACAUUGCUUCACUGGAGAUGACCUAUAAGGAGAUGAUGGUGGACAAAAAUGUUCAACCAGGUUGGAGUACAUACUGUACUUUAGCCAAUAUUUAUACCAGGUCAGGUCUUGUUGACAAGGCUUUCACUGCCCUUAGGAUUGCCGAAAAUAAGCUAUCUAUGACGAAACGACUGGGUUAUUCUUUUGUCAUGACAAACUAUGCUGCUCUGGGUGAUAAAGAGGGGGUCUUAAGGCUUUGGGAACUCAGUAAAAGAGUGGGAGGAAAGAUCCCUUGCGCCAAUUAUAUGAGUGUCAUAUCUUGUUUGGUUAAGCUUGGUGAAAUUCCAGAGGCUGAAGGGGUCUUCAGGACCUGGGAGUCUCAAUGCUGGAAGUAUGAUAUUAGGGUUCCCAAUAUACUUUUGGCAGCUCACAUGAGGAAUGGAUGCAUGGAUAAGGUUGAAUUGUUACUUUUUCAUGCUUUAAAGAAGGGUGCUAAUCCAAAUUACAAGACUUGGGAGAUUCUGAUGGAAGGAUGGGUGAAGAGCAAGCAGAUGGAGAAGGCUGUGGAAGCUAUGAAGAAAGGUUUAUCCAUGCUGAAGCACUGUAUUUGGAGACCUAACCCAGAAAUUCUGUUGGCCAUUGCAGAGCAUUAUAAGGAGUUUCAGAAUGUUGAUGAUGCUAAGAGGUUUGUGAAGGUUCUUCGACGUUUGCAUCUAAUGAAUCUGCACUUGUACAAAUCGUUUGUCAGAAUGCACAUUGAAGCAAAGAGAAUGACCCCAAACAUAGUGAAGAUGAUGGAUAGAGAUGGAAUCGAGCCAGAUGAGGAGAUCAGGUUAUUGAUUAAACAGAUAGACAGUAUUUGUAUUGACUAGCCCAUGGAACUAAGAAGUUAUUUGUAUUGACUAGCCCAUGCUGUUCAUUGUCAAUCUUAUUGUUGAUGAUCUCUUGAAGGAAUUCUGAUCCAGUUGGGGAUGAAGAUUGGGGAUGAAGAUAUCUUUCCAGGAGCUUAGCUUCUCUUAGUCUAUUGGAACUCUUUCACUGCAUCAAGUUGCUGAAUCCAACACACUGAGAUUUAGGGUGGUUGGUGGGCGAGCACGGUUGGGAAUCUCCAUCUUGAGUUCGAAUUCCCUUUACUACGGCCUCGCCUCUUCAAUAGAACAAAGCAAGUGUGGACCCAAUGCCGGUGGGUGGCCUAGUUAGGUUCUGCCGAGGGAUUAGUUACGUCGCCAAGCGUUGUCUUUGGAGUAGCAGCGAGUAGAUACUCUCGUUUCUUAAAAAAAGUUACUGAAUUCCCAACGGAUAGCAAAUAAGAACUAACUUGCAGGCACCGUCCAAAACUUAGCUACUUGAAUUGUGAAAUAUGACUAAAAGCUUCAUAUAUGAUCAGCACAGCAAACCUUUUGUUUUCAAAACUGUUAUGGAUCUGAAGGAAGCAGGUUGGAGCAGAUUUCCCUA